AUCAUCUUGUGUUCACUGGAAACAACUGUAAUUGAUCCGGUCAAGAUCAAAAUCUGCUUCUCCGACAAAUAGUUCUUUCUGGGAUUGAUUGUUGUCUAAGCUUGACUCAGUUAAGGGAAUGCUGAAAAAUGUGCUCAAAUAUUCAAACUUAUUCAUUUGAAGUAUACUGUUGUUUGAUCAUUCCUGUGCUCAUCUUUUCAAUUACAGAUAAGAUUGGACCGAUAUCCUUUCCAGCAAGUUCAUUGAUUCAGAUUGUGAAUGAAUGGGAUCAGCCAAUGAAUCCUAAGAUACUCCUACUUUGUUACAGCUUAUGUGAAGGCGGCUGAUCAGAUCAGAAGGAAGAAGAAACAAUUUCAUUAAUUUGUUCCAUUCUGGGUUAAUUCGUGGCUAGUUCUUAAAUGGAUAAGUCUAGGAGAGUGUUGAUGCAAAAAUAUGAGUUAGGAAGGUUGCUGGGUCAAGGUUCAUUUGCUAGAGUUUAUUAUGCAAGAAAUCUUGAAAGUGGACAAGCAGUGGCCAUUAAAGUUAUGGACAAGAAGAAAAUUAUCAGUGGAGGGUUCAUAAAACAGAUCAGACGUGAAAUCUCAGUGAUAAGAUUGGUCAAGCACCCGAAUGUCGUGCAGGUUCUAGAAGUAAUGGCUACCAAGACCCACAUUUAUCUUGUGAUGGAAUUUGCCAAAGGAGGUGAGCUUUUUCGAAAGGUGGCCAAACUGAAGUUGAAAGAAGAUGUGGCUAGGAAAUAUUUCCAACAGUUGAUAAACGCUGUUGAUUUUUUCCAUGGCCGGGACGUUUACCACAGGGAUUUGAAGCCAGAGAAUCUAUUAUUAGAUGAAGAUGAUAAUCUAAAAGUUAUUGAUUUCGGUUUGAGUGCGCUUGCAGAGUCGAAACACCAAGAUGGGCUUUUCCACACUAUGUGUGGAACCCCUGCCUAUGUUGCUCCUGAGGUGAUAUAUCGAAAGGGCUAUGAUGGGGGGAAGGCUGAUAUAUGGUCGUGUGGGAUUAUCUUGUUUGUUCUUAUUGCUGGCUAUCUCCCUUUCUACGACGUAAACAUAAUUCAGAUGUAUCGAAAGAUCUGCAGAGCAGAGUACAAAUGUCCCAAAUGGUUUUCAGAUGAGGUCAGGACUUUACUGUCAAAUAUGUUGGAGACAAAUCCGGAUAACCGUAUUACCAUGGCCCAAGUGAAGGAAAGCAGUUGGUUCAGAAGUGGCUUAAGCACAACAGACACUUGUUCCUUGAUUGAAGGAUCAGUACAAGAAGAUAUGGUUAAGCCGAAAGAACUUAAUGCUUUUGAUAUCAUAUCACUAUCUGCAGGUUUUGAUCUGUCUGGAUUGUUUGAAGAGGCCCGGUUCAAGAAAGAGGCUCGGUUUAUGUCGCGAAAACCUGCAUCAGUCAUUGUGUCUAAGUUGGAGGAAAUGGCAGAGUUUGUGAAGAUGAAGGUGGGAAAAAAGGAGGGAGGGUUGAUGAGAUUUGAGAGAACUCGGGAGGGUAGAAUGGGUUUUUUGUCGGUUGAAGUGGAGAUAUUCGAGGUGAGUUCAUCGUUUUACUUGGUGGAGGUGAGGAAGAACAAUGGAGAUAGUCUUGAAUUUAGUGAAAUGUUAAUGGAGGGAAUGAGAGUUGCUCUUAAAGAUGUAGUUUGGGCUUGGCAUGGAGAACUGCCCCUAAUCGAAUCAGCUUAAGGGUCAUUGCAUGUGUAUUAUAUAAUAUUGUGGUUUGAUGUAUUUAAGUAGUUGUUUUUGCAUAUAUUAUAAGUUAAAUACCAAUAAAAACAAUGAUCAUCAUAUAUGUAAAAUAUCAUUGCUAUUGUAAUUCCUUUUUUCUUUUUUGUUUACAUUGAUUUGGUUUUCAAUGAA